AUGGUGGAAUGUUAUUACAAGGAGAAAUUGGAAUGCGACUGGAUGUUCCAUGCAGCUCCCAAGACUUCCAAUGUGAAGGGUCACUUAUUCCUCAAGGCCUAUAACGGGGAACAUAAAUGUUGUGCUGGUUAUAGUGAUGGAACAAAGGCUGAUCCGGUUACGCGCGAACUUAUCAAGAGUUUGAUAUUUGAGCAGAUUGAACAGAAUCCCAACAAGAAAGCCAGGGAUAUUGUUAGAGAACUCAAAACCGUGAAGAAACACGAUCCAGGUAGUAGGGCUGAUUUAGUUGUUGAAGGUGGCGAGUUUAAGAGUUUGUUCUUAGCCUUCGAUGCUUGCAUCUCUGGUUUCGAAUAUUGUCGCCCGGUACUGUUCUUGGAUGCAACUUUCCUAACUGGAAAAUUUAGGGGUUGUCAUAUGGCGGCUACCGGGAAGGAUGCGAAUAAUGGAAUACUUACCCUGGCAUAUGGUAUCGUAUCAGCUGAAACUGUUGAGAAUUGUCAUUGGUUCUUGAAGAAACUAGAAUCUAUCUUGGGUCCUCGUGUACUAACUUUUAUUUCGGAUCACCAUGAGGGUUUGAUCCAAGGGAUUCGUGAUGUUUUCCCAACUUUCUAUCAUGCUUGGUGUUACCAGCAUUUGAAGAAUAAUGUCCGUAGUAAGACCAACAAGAAAAAGGGAGAGCAUUGUGCUGCGAUGGGUUUGUUCAAAGAAUGUUUCUAUUCAUCGACUCAUGAAGGCUUUGAUCAGGGUAUGCAAAAGUUGAAGGAUAUGGGAUGUGAUGGUCUUCACAAAUUCUUGAGUGAGAUUCCAGUGGAAUGUUGGUCCAAUGCACAUUGUCUGGGCUGUCGUUACGACGACAUGUGUUCAAACAUUGCAGAGUCCUUCAACUCUUGGAUCAAGGAAGAAAAAGGUAUGCCUAUUGCAAUACUUGUUAACUGGAUCAGACUUAAAAUUAUGGAACAGAUGAGUGCAAGGAAGAGGAAGGGGGCGACGUAUAAAGGAUUCAUUUGUCCCAGGCUAGAGAAAAAAGUGUUGGCUUCCAUUCGUGUUGGUGUCCAGUGGAUAAUAACCAAGUCUGGUGACAUGGAGUGGGAAGUUUUUGAUGGAAAGCACACGCAUGCUGUUAAUAUUGCGAGGUUUCAGUACAGCUGUAGGGUUUGGUUUACUGAGAAGUUCCCUUGCGAUCACGCUAUUGCGUGUAUGCAUUCAAAUAACAUCAAUGUUUACGAGUACAUUAAUCUGUAUUUCAGCAUUGCUAGAUUCCGUGCUUCGUAUGAUCGUCCUAUCAAGCCCAUUCCUGAUUAA